UCUAGCUUUUCUGGAAACGCAUUUUUUCCUCUUCUUCUUAAAGACCUAUCAAGUUGUGCCAUGAGACAGUGGAAAAAGAAAUGAAUUGUAAAAAUGCAAAAUUAUAGAAGCAAUAGUAUACUAUACAAAUGUAUACCGUACAAGCAAUACGGUAUAGGUACAUUGAACAAAUGCAGUAAUUAACAUUUGUAACUUAUUUUAUGUUUCGAUUAAAUAAUUCAUUAAGAAAGAACCGGAAUGUAUAUGCUUUCACUUAUGAAGUAUGAAUAUUUAAACGCCACAUCCCUCGCAAGGAUGAACAGUUAUCAAGGACUUUGGCUCAGAUUUAUUUCUGGCAGAUGUGAACCUGCCUAGCGUAAAAUAAACCAAUGAAAGUUUCAUCACGUGGUCGCAAGUGUCGCCAUUGUGUUGUUUCACUCCAAUCAUAAACAAGGUAUACCUCAGUUCCACAGAUGGCUCUUAAAUCGUCCAGUGUUUUAAAGAUUUAAAUUGAACAUGUCAGUUGGAUGGAUCAAGGAAAUAAAAGAGUCGGAGAAUUUUCUUUACUGCUAUAUAACGAUUGAUUGGUGUGUUUAAAAUUUGUCAGAUGUACAAUAUUCACAAUUGUCGCAGAAAGAUAUUUUAAAGUAAGAAAAAAGUGAAAUUCUUUUAUACUGUGUAACAACGUAAAAUCUGUUUCACGAGAUUUAUAUUGAACUGCUUAAACUUCAUUGAAACAAAAGUAAAGAAUAGGAGCUAUAUUAAUAUUCCUUCCUGUGUUAAAGGGUAUAAUAAGUCAUGGCACUCAGAGACGCCUUUAAGUUGUCUCAGAAUAUUCCAUCUGAUUAUAAAGAAAUUGUUCUUGACACUUUAUACAAAAUGGAAGAACACGUUGACAAUAGAGGGCCAAGAUACCAAUGGAAUUUAAAUGACUUUGAAAUUGGUUCGCCAUUGGGUCGUGGUAAAUUUGGACGUGUGUAUUUAGCUAGAGAAAAAACCACACAGUAUAUGGUUGCUUUAAAGACUUUAUACAAAGUAGAAUUAAUGAAGGGUCGUGUGGAGAAACAAGUAAUGCGUGAAAUUGAGAUUCAAACCCAUUUGAGGCAUCCUCAUAUUCUUCAAAUGUUGACGUAUUUUCAUGAUCAUAAACGCAUUUACCUUGUAUUGGAAUUUGCAGCUAGAGGAGAACUAUAUAAAGAACUGAAACGUCAACCAAAUGAAAGAUUCAAUGAACACUUAUCUGCAAAAUAUACUUUUCAAGUUGCGGAUGCUUUAGAAUAUUGUCAUAGGAACAACGUAAUUCACAGAGAUAUAAAACCAGAAAAUUUGUUGCUUACAUAUGAUGGGGAUGUAAAGUUAGCAGACUUUGGGUGGUCUGUCCAUGCACCAUCAUCAAAGAGGAACACUCUUUGUGGAACAUUAGACUAUUUACCACCAGAAAUGGUAACUGGACAAACAUACGAUAUAUAUGUUGAUCAUUGGUGCCUUGGCAUUCUGUGUUAUGAAUUUCUAGUUGGUAAACCACCUUUUCUCAGUGAUUCCCAACAAGAAACCUAUGCUAAAAUAAAGACGUUAAAUAUACAAUGGCCGUCGCAAAUAACGCCUGGUGCUAAAGACCUCAUAUCAAAGUUAAUAAAACGCAAAAGUUCGGAAAGAAUUUCUAUGGCCGCUGUCAAAAAACACUUUUGGAUUCUAAAACAUAAGGACGCACGUUCAUGAAAAAUAUUUAAUCUUGUUCUUCUAAAUAAUUUUAUAAAAGUAUUUCGUAUAACUGUAACAAGUCUACAAUUUUUUAAAUACAUAGAUUAUACAUUGUAUACCAAUAUAGAUAAUAUAACAGAUAAUAGAUAUAAGGAAAUGAAC